AUGAUCGGUCUCUCAGACAGGCGGGGUCGGUCGUGCGUCAUUCUGCCGGUGCUGCUCCUGCUCUUCGGGCUGUGGGGCCAGGCGGACGCCAGAUCGGAUGAAACGGGACAAUUGAGCAAGUAUACCGCCAUCCUGACAGGGGACCAGGUGGUGCCCCCAGUGAACACCAGCGCGCAUGGGGAGGUGGACUUUGUCAUCCACCACCACAUACACUCCAAGGAUGACUCAGCAGCCUACACCAUCACCCUGUUCCAGGUCAACCACCUGAAGGAGAUCGACCUGCGCCAAGCCCAUGCAGGCCAGAAUGGAGACAAGGUGGUGAAUGGCGUCCUGAAGCAAGGUAUCCUGAAACGCGGUGACAUGAGCAAGGGGCCAAUGAGCAAGAAGGAUCUGAACGAAUUCGCGCAGCGUUCCAAUGAUGGCGACAUGUAUGUGCUGGUUACCACUGUAGAAAACCCCGAUGGGCUGCUGCGCGGUCAGGUUGAGCCAGCCAACAUGACUUUUGCACCGCCCUGA